ACUACGUUUGAAAAUUGAUGCGACAAUCGAAGCGAAAUCGCAACAUUUUUCCGGCAUUUACGAUUUAUACGUUUUGUGCCGGGCCUGACGAUGGUGCGAUACGCCGCCCUGAAAGGAUUAUACGACCUGGAGAAGACGAUCGGUAGCGGCGGUUUCGCCAAAGUCAAACUCGCGACUCAUGUCGCUACCGGCGAAAAAGUCGCCAUCAAGAUUAUGGAGAAGACUGCAUUAGGCGAUGACUUACCAAGAGUGAAGGUCGAAGUAGAAGCACUUAAAACACUGUUGCAUCAACACAUCUGUGGACUGUAUCAAGUGAUAGAGACGGAGAGUCACUACUUCAUGGUGAUGGAAUAUUGUUCUGGUGGAGAACUAUUUGAUCACAUAGUUGAGAAGAACAAGUUGUCGGAAUCUGAUUCCCGUAGAUUUUUUUACCAGAUAGUGUCUGCAGUUGCAUACAUGCAUAGUUUAGGAUAUGCUCAUAGAGAUUUAAAGCCUGAAAAUGUUUUACUGGAUAAAGAUGAGAAUUUAAAGUUAAUUGACUUUGGACUAUGCGCAAAACCCAAGAUGGGAAUUCAGGCACAUUUAUAUACCUCUUGCGGUUCUCCUACAUAUGCUGCCCCAGAGCUCAUAAUGGGAAAGAAAUAUUUAGGCUCAGAAGUAGAUAUUUGGAGUAUGGGGGUUCUUCUUUAUGCUUUACUAUGUGGCUUUUUGCCUUUUGAUGACAAUAAUUUAGAGAAUUUAUAUAAAAAGAUACUAAGUGGCAAGUAUGAGGAACCAUAUUGGUUAUCUAACAAUAGUAAAAUGCUAAUCAAAUCAAUGUUACAAAUCGAUCCAGCAAACAGAAUCACUAUUCACGAAUUAUGUCGUCACCCAUGGAUUACUGGGAAUUCUCUGAAGUCUGUAUCAUUCAUUCACAGAACAGAAUUUGAGAAAGAUGACGAGGUAUUGAGUACUAUGUCCGCCAUUUGCGGUGAGAAAAGUAUAGAUAUAUGGAAAAAACUUGUGCAGAGUGAUAGAACCGAUUACAGAACGGCUACAUAUUUAUUGUUGCUUGACAGAAAAUUACGUGGACUUUCAUUGAAAAUAGCACCUACAACGAGAUCUCGUCUUAAGCAAGAAAUGAAUGGCAAAACUUUUCCACAACGUGAAACGAUAGCUAACAAUUUUAUAACUAAACUCGAUCAUUCUCCAAGGAACAGAAACAAUGACCAACGUACAACGAUUGAUGUCACUUACAAUGUUUUGCCUACAGAAAAGGAAAAUAACUUCGUAGAACCACCAUAUAUGUGUACAAGAAAAAGGUUACGAAGCAGAAAUUCUGAUGUAUCAUCGCCCGUUCCAGCAAAGAAACUACCUGAAAAUAGAUCAGCUACUCCAACGCAAUCCUUAACACCAGAUUCCAAAGUUUCUCAAACAUCUACACCUGGUAGUGCAAGAAAAGUUAUGAUGGGCUUAGAGCGAGGAUUGAAUCGAGUAAGAUGUGUUCUCACACCGAAAAGGCGAACAAAGAAUGAAAACACCGAUCCCGAUGAACCAAAUAUAUUAUCCGGGAAGGGUCUUUCUAAUGUAUCUGCAACAUGCAGCGGUUGUCCGAAACAUGUCCUCUCGAAAUUACGCAGAGCACUUCGACAAAAGGGUAUAAUGUGCCGUCAAAAGGGAUUCAUUUUGCAAGGGGAAACUGAAGAGUCCUUUUCGGAAAAUAAGACAAACUCAUCGAAAUCGAUUUCCUCACAGAAUUCCUGUUCCUUCGAAUUGGAAGUCUGUCUCUUGGAAAUCGAUCCGAGCGGUAAACGAUUAGUCGGUAUUCGUCGGAAAAGAUUAAAGGGUGAUGCAUGGGUUUAUAAACGCGUCUGUGAGGAAAUUCUUGCUCUCACUACAGAAGAUAUUUCCACAGAUUCCGAGAUUUCUUCUGAAUCUAAGUGUCCUAUUUAAAAUGGUUUUCUUAUAAAUAUAUCUACGAUGUAGAUUUCUUGA